AUGUGUUCCUCACAUUACCUUUUGCGAAAGAUCGUAUUUGCGAUUACGGGGCCGGAAUUGAUCAGUGUUCCGACAGGUUUUAGAACACCUUCUGAGCCUUAUGCCGCAGAUGUGUUUGAACGGGUGCUUUCUUUUGCUAUCAAAAUGUCAGAUGUAUGCAUAGAUCUGGCAAAGUGGACUGUGUGGCUUUGGUUACCGUUUGCGAUUUCUGAUCCCCAAUUUGACGUUCGCGAUCUGGAGCCUAGUUUGCGUUUUGAACGUAAGCUAGUGGAGACUAGACAUAAGGAGUCCUAUUCAAUUUUAAUGCCAUUCCUCUCGAUUCUUGCAAAUACCAUUGGAGUAAGAAUGGUUUAUCCCGGUUGCCUAAGCAUGUUCAAUUCUUGGGCGCUUGAACCCCGAAUGAAGGCGCUGGAGUCUUUGCGAACAAAAUACAAUGCCCGUCGUGUGGGUCUCAUUACCAAUGAGGGACUGUUUGUGGAGGCCUUCUAUGCCGAUCGACGAAGGGAAGAAUCAGAAAAUGGGGAGAUCUUGGUCAUCUGCUGUGAGGGCAAUGCAGGAUUCGCUGAGAUUGGCAUUUCCGGCGUUCCAUUGUCAGCUGGUUUCUCGAUCCUCGCGUGGAAUCACCCCGGAUUCGGAAGCAGCAUGGGCAUGCCAUUCCCAGAGCAAGAGAUGAAUGCGGCGGAGGCGGUGGUGCUCUUCGCUAUCCAUCAUCUCCACUUCGAGCCUGCGGACAUUCGUCUCUUCGGUUGGUCUAUUGGUGGCUUCUCCGCUACGUGGGCUGCGAUGCAACUACCCAGUGUUGGAGGAUUGAUUCUGGAUGCGACAUUCGAUGCACUCGAUGAAUUGAGUAGGAACGCACUACCAUUCAUUGGAGAAUCAGUCCCCGUCGCCAUGGUUCAAAGUUUCUUCAAUUUAAACAAUGUAGCACAAAUUACUGAGUACCCAGGUCCGAUUAGAAUUAUACGACGUAGCAAUGACGAGGUCAUAUCCACAGAUGCGGAUGAGCAACGAUUAUCGAAUCGUGGGAAUUAUUUGGUCUUCGGCCUGCUGAAAUACAGGUUUCCUCACCUCUUUAAUGACGACACGGAGGUUCUGUUUUGGAAAUACCUUGCAAUGGAUAAGGCUGAACAGGAGUCCUAUUUGACGAAACACGGCAUAGUGGACGAGGUGAUGGCGCCAAUUUUGCAGCACGAGUUUCGUAAGGAGAUGCUGGAUUUCGCUUGCUCUGAGGAUGAUGCCUCCGGCUUGACGAUGGAUGUGCACCGCUCUCUCCCCUUUCCCUCCCAUCUUGGCGAGGAAGGGAUCAGCGACGCUAUGAAACGCUCCGUCCUCAUCUACUUGACCAGUAAGUAUUUUAUGGAAGCAAAGGGUAGCCAUUGCACCACACUAGACCAGGGGAGCUUCCAGGAACCCUGGUCUGAGUCCCUCGUCCUCUGUCGCUCGCAGACUGUCAACAUCGAUUUGGAGACCGAAGGCAGCAGCGCCAGCAAUGGCUACGAUGACAGCGCGGAUGGGGGAGAGAUAAACGACUGGGAGAAAGUUGCCUGA